AGGGCCGUGCCAGCAGGGCAGGAGGCUCUGGAUGAGAAGAAGGGACUCCUGUCUCCUCAGGUGCUGUGGCUGCUCCUCUGGCUGCAGCUCUGCAGGGGGGCUGCAGAGCUGAGGCUGGAGGACGGCGGCGGGCGCUGUGCUGGGAGAGUGGAGGUGAAACUCCAGGGGCAGUGGGGGACCAUGUGUGGUGACAUCUGGGACAUGGAAGAUGCUGCAGUGGUCUGUAAGCAGCUGGGCUGUGGGUCUGCUGUUGGAGCUCAUAGACACGGACACUUUGGGGCAGGAUCUGGCCCCAUCUGGAUGGCUGCUGUUGGGUGUGUGGGCACCGAGUCUGCCCUGUCUGACUGUGCACGUGAAGAAUGGAUUAAACAGUACUGUGAUCAUGGUGACGAUGCUGGAGUGACGUGUUCAGGGUUUGUCCAGCUGGUCGGAGGGGACAGCCCCUGCUCAGGACGUGUGGAGAUCCGUGUCGGGAACUAGCGGAGCAGUGUCUGUGAC